GCUUUGACUUCUUCACUCUCUUCGUACUCUGGGUGGCAGGCCAGUAAUCUGCAAUGUCGCUGUGGUCUCUAGUCAGCACCCAUGUCUGGGGACCUGGCUCUGUCCUCCUCAUUCUGGUCUUCCUGCUGAGACUAAGUGUGAGGCUCUGGUAUAAGUCUCAUCUUUGGGACCUUCAGCAGUGCUCCACAGACCUGACUGGGAAGACGGCGGUGGUGACUGGGGCCACCAGUGGCAUAGGGAAGGCUGUGUCCCAGGAGCUGGCCCGCCGUGGGGCCCGUGUGAUCCUUGCCUGCCGGAGCCACGAGCGUGGACAGUGGGCCCUGGCUGAGAUCCAAGCAGUCUCAAAGGAUGCCUGCCUUCUGCUUGGGGAAGUGGACCUGAGCUCCAUGGCCUCUGUCCGGAGCUUUGCCCAGUGGCUCCUGCAGGAAUGUCCUGAAAUACAUCUGUUAGUUAACAGUGCUGCAGUCUGUGGACUCCCCAAGAAACUAACCCCAGAGGGCCUUGAUCUCACCUUUGCUACCAAUUAUGUUGGGCCUUUUCUGCUCACAAACCUACUGCAAGGGGCGCUACAACGGGCAGGGUCAGCCCGGGUGAUAAAUGUGUCUUCCUUUAAGCACAUAUCUGGAUACAUUGAUGAGGAACAUCUGACAGGGGCUGGCGGGCCUUUGACCUUCAACCAGAACUAUUACUGCAGCAAACUGCUUUUGAUCUCAUUCACUGGGGAACUUGCCAGAAGACUUCAAGGGACAGGUGUGACCGUGAACUCUGUGCACCCAGGUGUUGUAUACACGAAGAUCAUGAACCAGUUUUCUUGGCCGUACCGAUUCCUCUUCUGGCUCUCCAGCUUCUUCAUUAAGGAUCCUCAACAAGGUGCAAACCCAAUCCUCUAUCUGAGUUUGGCAAAGGAACUGGAUGGCAUUUCUGGAAAAUACUUUAGCAGUUCCUGUGUGAUAACUCUUCCCCAUAAAGCUGCUCAGGACCCUUCCGUGGCCCAAAGCCUCUGGAACGCCUCAGUCAAACUAACACACCUAGACAAGAUGGACUGACGCUCAGUGCCCGCGUUUUAGAGUCCUUAUUUUUUUCUUAUUUUAAUUUAAUUUUGUUUCCAUCACCAUUUAUUCCCCCACACUCUCUUCCACCUCCACUCAUUCCCCUCCACCGCCGAUCACCACAUCACUGUCCAUGUCCACGAGUUCUUUACCCUUCUCGCUCGAUCCCUCAAUCCCCAGUCCCCGCCCCCAGAGCUGUCAGCCUGCUCUGUAUCUAUGAGUCUGUCUCUGUUUUGCUUAUUAGUUCAGUUUGUUCAUUGGAUUCCACAUGAGUGAAAUCAUGUGGUGUUUGUCUUUCUCUGACUGGCUUAUUUCACUUGGCAUAAUGUUCUCCUUUGAAUUUAUAUGCUUUCGUAACCCAGUUUUUAAAUUAUAGUAUUUCAUUAAUCUAACAAAUUAGAUAUAUCAUUAUUAUUUCAAGUAGUUAAGAUUUGUAUAGCUUUAUUCAUAUAUUUAAUAUUUUCUCUGUUCAUUCUUUUUUUAAAUUAUAUUUUGAUUAUGGUAUUAGAGUUGUCCUAAUUUUUUCCCCGUUGCCCCCACUCCACCCAGCACCCCCUACUCCAUCAGGCAAUCCCCACACCUUUGUUCAUGUCCAUGGGUCAUGCAUAUAGGUUCUUUACUACACCAUUUCCUAUACUGUACUUUACAUCCCCAUGGCUGUUGUCUAACUACCUAUUGGUACUUCUUAAUCCCCUCACCUCUGCACCCAUUCCCCCACACCACACUUUAUCUGGCAACCAUCAAAAAGCUUUCCGUCCAGACAAUCACGGUUCGAUUCCCAGUCAGGGCACAUUCCUGGGUUGCAGGCCAGUUCCCAGCAGGAGACACAUGAAAGGCAACCAUACAUUGAGUUUCUCUCGCUCUCUCCUUCCCUUCCCCUCUAAAGAUAAAUAAAUAAAAUUAAAAAAAAAAAAGCUUUCUGUAUCCAUGAUUCUGUCUCUGUUCUUCUAGUUUGCUUAAUUUGUUUUUUAGAUUCAAUUGUUCACAGAUAUGUAUUUACUGGCAUUUUAUUGUUCAUAGUU